AACGCCUUCCUUGACAAGAGAGGAACAGAUGUUGAAAAAAAUCUUAAGAACACAGACAUCAUCUGGAUAUCUGAAUAUUGUAGUGCUGGGUGUCUACUUCCUCUCUCCAUACUGAGCCCUUUGGGCUGAAGUUGAACACCUAUAGUCUGCAUUUUGUAAAGAUUAACUGCUGCUGAUUGUGACAGGUUUCCUCUUACUUAUCUUGAAAGAAAUGAAUUAGAAUGACAGAGGAAAAUUAGACUGACUGCAGGGUUACUGGCUUUAGGAAAGUGCAUCAUUGUUUUGUGUAGAAAGGCUCCUUUUCAUAGAAGGCCUUUCUAAAGAGCUCUUCAAGAACUGUCACAGCACUUAACAUGGCAUUCACAAUGUUAAGACCUGUACCAGCUCAUAUCAUGUAUCCUGACAUAAGUAUGUUGUCCGAGGAUGAGGAAAACAGAAGCGAAAGUGACGGUUCUGACCAGUCAUAUAUUUGCUGUGAUGGACCAGAGAAGAGAAUGAAGAUUUCUAGGAAAACAGGUGGAGUCGUCUUCAUCAAGCAAAGACAAGCUGCAAAUGCUAGGGAGCGAGAUCGGACCCAAAGUGUGAACACUGCUUUCACAGCACUGAGGACUCUAAUUCCCACUGAACCAGUGGACAGGAAACUGUCCAAAAUUGAAACCUUAAGGUUAGCAUCCAGCUACAUCUCACACCUGGCCAACGUGCUCCUACUUGGUGAAGAAAGUGAGGAUGGGCAGCCAUGUCUCACUGCAAUCUACAGCCACGCAGGGAACCUAGAAGCAAAGCAGCCCCGAAGUAUCUGCACUUUCUGCCUCAGUAACCAGAGGAAAGGGGGUAAAGGCCGAGACAUGGGGAGUAGCUGUCUUAAGAUGAGAGGAGUAAACUCUCUAAGGAUGCAACGCAGGUAGAAAUCGAUCCUCUGAAAAAACAGUAAAAUCCACCAGUUUGUGCUAGCCGGGUAAACUCGUGACUGGGAAGAAACUUCCUGGAAUAAGGGGAAGAAAGAGAUUUCUGCAGCUGCAGAAAUGGAAUGUUCUAGAGAGAAACAAAUCAAAAACACUAACCGAGAGACACGUCAGAUUAGUUUCUCAAAGGAAUACUAAAACCAUAAUGAGCCCAAACAUUCAUAAAGUCCUUUUGUCAUCACCAAUGAAUGUUCAUUGCUUGAGCCACUGUGCAGCUUACAACAGGACUUUACAGAGCUGACCAGUAACAAAAGGCUGACCACAGCUGAAUGUAAUUCAACUAAUGCUUUCAGUUUUUAACAAAAUGAUGUUUUGUCAUAUGUGGCUGUGAAAUACAUUGUUAAUUCACUCAUCUGAAUAUUCUGUUUGUACAUGUGUGCGUGUUUGUGUGUGUAUAUGUAUGUGUAUAUAUUACCUGCUUUAUUGUAAAAUAUUACAGAGUUCUAUUGAAGUUAUACAUUUUGGAAAGUGUUUUGUCUUUAUUCAGCCGGUUUGAAAAUAAAGGUAUUUUUUCAUUUA